ACCUAUUGAAUAUAUCCACCGGUUAGUUUUAAAACCCAACACGAGAGAAAAGCGUGUUAAUUGCCAGUCUACUUUGAAGAGAAUCCUUCCUCAUCGUUCUUCAAAUCUGUGAACGACGCAUUAGAUUGAUGAUGAUUCGUAUUAGCGGUUCGUGAUUUACUACCCAGUUCGAUCAGAUUUCGGAAUCUCAAGUGAUUGUCAACUCAUUUGACUUUCUCCACAUUUCGCCGUCCAGUUGUUCGAUGAUAUUCCCCUGUGAAGUAAAAUAUCGUUCCUCCUCGAUCCUAUUAUAGCUUCCUGAUUAUUCUUCCUGGGUUUAGCUUGGAACCUUCCAAAACGCAUUCAGGUUUUGAUUUUAAGAUGUCAAGUUGAUGACUUUACAGUCAAAUCAGAUCUCUGGUGUUACGUAAUGGCAUAUCGUUUCACACAUUUGCGAAAGCCUCUUGCUUAUUCUCCCUCCCGCAGCAUCCCCUUUUCUCGGCAAGUCUCUUCCUUUGAAGCCGUUGAGAAGGCUAUCAAAUGCGCCGUCGAAACAAAAGAGUAUCUCCAGAUCCCUCACCUCGUUGUCUCGCUCAAAGAGCCUUACCAGAACUCAAAGCUCUUCUCUUUCCUCUCUGCUUUCCACCAUCAUCAUAGAAUCAGAGUCAUCGACGAAAUCCUCCAGAGUUUCGUGCCCGUGAGGCCUCGUUCUCUCCCCAAGAUUGUCUACUCCAGCCUCCUCACUUACUGCCUUCAGAGCUCAGAUCCACUUCCUUUGUCCUUUGCGAUUCUACAGCGUACUCUUCGUUCCGGCUGUCUUCCUAAUACUCAGACUCACCUCCUUCUGUCUGACGCUUGGCUUGAACGGCGAGGAAGAGGAUCUCAGUCUGUUGUGGAGAUUAUUAAUGAGAUGAAGUUGAUUGGGUAUAGUCCUGAUACUGGGACAUGCAACUAUUUAGUGUCAUCACUCUGUGCUGUUGAUAAGUUGGAUGAGGCGGUUAGAGUUGUUGAGGAAAUGGGUGGAGCUGGUUGUAUACCUGAUGUAGAAAGUUACGGUGCGGUGAUUAGUUCAAUGUGUUUGGCUAGAAAGACCAGCGAUGUGGUGAAGAUUGUCAAGGAGAUGGUGAGCAAAGCUGGAAUAUCUCCGCGGAAAGGGAUGCUGACAAAAGUGGCAGCAGCUUUGAGAGCCAACAGGGAAAUCUGGAAAGCCAUAGAGAUGAUUGAGUUUGUCGAAAGCCGAGAUUACCCUGUGGAAUUUGAGACUUAUGAGGUGUUAGUAGAGGGUUGCCUAGAGGUUAGGGAAUACAUUUUGGCAGGGAAGAUGGUGAUGAGAAUGACUGAUAAAGGGUUCAUACCGUAUAUCAAGGUUAGGCAAAAAGUGGUCGAGCGUCUGAUUGGCAUUGGUGAAUGGAAGCUUGCCUGUACUGUUAGACAAAGACUUGCCGAGAUGAGGUCUUAGGCACUUCAUGUACUCAUCAGAUUGGUGCUAAAAUUUUGUAAGAGUAGCUACUGUUACGAUACUGUAAUGGAAUUCAAUUCAUACCCCGAACUUGGGAAUAUUAUGUUGUUUCUUGUAAAACAGAUUUUGUUUAAUAGCAGAGAUACGUUUGUCUCCA